GGAACCAGCACUAUGGCGUCUGGUUGCAAGAUUGGCCCGUCCAUCCUAAACAGCGACUUGGCCAAUUUAGGGACCGAGUGCCUCCGGAUGCUGGACUCCGGGGCUGAUUAUCUGCACCUGGAUGUAAUGGACGGGCAUUUUGUUCCCAACAUCACCUUUGGUCACCCUGUGGUAGAAAGCCUCCGAAAGCAGCUAGGCCAGGACCCUUUCUUUGACAUGCAUAUGAUGGUGUCCAGGCCGGAACAGUGGGUAAAGCCAAUGGCUGUAGCAGGGGCCAAUCAAUAUACUUUUCAUCUUGAGGCUACUGAGAAUCCAGGGGCUUUGAUUAAAGACAUUCGGGAGAAUGGGAUGAAGGUUGGUCUUGCCAUCAAACCGGGAACUACCGUUGAGUAUCUGGCGCCAUGGGCUAAUCAGAUAGAUAUGGCCUUGGUUAUGACAGUAGAACCUGGGUUUGGAGGGCAGAAAUUCAUGGACGACAUGAUGCCAAAGGUUCACUGGUUGAGGACCCAGUUCCCGUCUUUGGACAUAGAGGUCGAUGGUGGAGUAGGUCCUGACACUGUCCAUAAGUGUGCAGAGGCAGGAGCUAACAUGAUUGUGUCUGGCAGUGCCAUUAUGAGGAGUGAAGACCCCAGAUCUGUGAUCAACUUGUUAAGAAAUGUUUGCUCAGAAGCUGCUCAGAAACGUUCUCUUGAUCGAUGAAACCUCAAGCAGCCCAAUGUUUCUGCUCAUGAAAUCUCCUUUUUACUGGAAAACAAGAAUGUUGACUACCAAAUCGUAUCUGAGCAGUUAUUCAUUCCAGUGACUAAAAUCUAUAGUGCAGAAUGUUCUAAGAGGAUAGAAAUUGGUGUGUAUCUACAUUUUUAGUAAUGGAAUUUAAAGAUUGGUAUGGUGAAUACCCUGUUUUUACUGGGAGACUUGAUUUUUAUAAAGAGUAAAAAUAUGGCUGUAUUAAGGUUACAAAACAAAAAUGUGUCUUAAUGCCAAAGAAGGCAUAUUAGCUACUAUGAGAAAAGACUUUUUCUGUAUUUCUAGCAAGAAUUUUCUGUUUCUCAGCUGGUUUGCAAAAGCAAAGGGAGUUAUGUUUUUCCUGUUUCAUGUCAUUUGUGGUUUGUGUAUAUGCUUGAUAGUAUGACUAAAAUGGAAUUUAUGAAAAUUCUAAGUUUAGAUUUAGGUGGGAUGAGAUCCAGUAUUCUUUUGUCUAAAAUAUCUAUUUUUCACCAUAUACUUGAUGCAUAAAAAGUAUAAAAGAAAGAAUGUAAGAAGUCCAGGGGUUUUCAGGCGCUCUGUGUUCUGUUCUGAAACGAAGUACAGAUUUUAUCAGGGUGUUUUCUCUGCCAGCUUUGCUGGAGGUGCAGGUUAUUCAGCAAUUUUUUUUUUAAUCCCAUCUACCAUUCUUAAGGACGUGGAGUACUGCUGUUGCCUUUCUGAGUAGAAAGAUAAAGCCUAUAUAAGUUACACAAGUACUUUGAUAUAAUCUCAUUAAAUCUACAGAUUGCUCCUUUGAAUGGUAGGACAGGUGUUUUGUCCCCAUUUUAAAAAUGAAGAAACUAAAGCUCAGCAACAGGUUGGUACCAUGGAGACGAUCCAGUAGGGAAUAGGAUUUCUGGCCUGUACUGCUUUUACAGAUGGAGCCCUUGGGAGGUGGGCUAGGGAAAGGAAGCUUCUUUUACUUAACAUUGUCUUAAUUUUGGUCUAGCUUUACCCUGUAGCAGAACCAGAUAGCUGAGAAUAUUCUGGAACUAUAGAUAUUGGCCCCAAGGGUAUAUAUUUUAUUUUCCAAGACAGACUAGGUGGGCAAAGAGAUGGCAUGGUGUACAGAGUUAAUCCAUAAACUAAGUUUUGUACCUGUGCUCCAAAUUCUUAGACAACAGAUAAUGUACCAACCACUUCAUUCUUAUAUUCUUGCUAUGUAAAAAAAUAUGCAAGAAAUGUAACAGGACCAUUGUCAUUAAACUUCUUUAGGUUAAUAUGAAUUUUGAGAAACAAGGUUUGAAGAAUAAGAAUGUUAAUACUUAAGCAUAGACUAGACCUUGCUUGUUUUUUUCUAACACUACUAGGUAAAUUUUUGUUUAAUGCUUGAUGUUUGUUUUUAUUUUGGCUUAGGAAAAGGUGGUGCCAUGAACAGGUGGCGUUUUAAUCAAGUCAAACAACACAAGCCAUUCUCUGGUGCACUUGUACAGAAAACUUCACCAUGGAAAGUUGUGCUUGACCUUUCAGUCUGAUCGUUUUUUUCAUCUUGGCAUAAUAAGGCUGCUGUGUCGUCAUCCUUCAGCGGAAAAGCCCUUCGUUCCCACCACAAAGACUGAAAGGAAAAACAUUUCAGAAGACAAGAAAGGGCAAUUACUUGACCCUUACAGUCUGAGUUCUCAUGAUAUUCUUUGAUCACUGUAAUGUCACCCAUGAGGACUCAAUUCACAUUUUUCUCUAUACUUCUGGAAAGCUGUAUCUCUGUAAUGUGGAAAAAGAUAAGAACUGAAUCUCAUAUGUUAAUUAAGGGUUUGGAGAUGUGGAAAGAAAUAGAAAUGCAUAGGCUGAAGUGCCAAACUCUCACCAACACUGAAAUAAACAAAGAGCAUGGCCUACCAGCAGUGACUAGGAUUCUGAUUUCAAGAAGACAAAGCACCCUAAAAAUGACAGACAAGAUUUUUAUAUGUCAACAUUUGGCCAUAUACAUCCACAUUUGGAAGCGAAAAAGGGAACUGGGGUUUUCACUGGCUGAUUUUUGGAAGUAGAUCACCAGGCCUUUCUUCCUAGUCUUAGUAUGGAUGCUCUGCUGAAACCUGUUCAGAAUCACAGCAACACACACAAACCUCCACUGACAGAUGACUGGUGGCUGCACUUGAGGUACAUUGACCGGAAAUUGAACCAGAUGGAAGGUGAGAAUUCUACCACUGAACCAACCACCUCUGCCCUCAAAAUAAUUAUUUGGAGUGGGAGUGGUAGGGAAUGAGAGAUUGGGACACAAAAUGAGAAUUGAGUACUUUGCCUAUUAUUACUGUAGACUUCAACUCAAAUGCAUUCCACCUCUGUCUUAAUUUCCCAUUACUAACAUGUCCUUACAUUAUUGAUAGAUUACUAUUAUUCUGUUUAACAUAUUUACAUUGCCUUCAUUUUUUAAGUUAGAUAAGCAGUAGGGCAACAUUAGAAGAAAAAUAUAAUCACCUAAUCUUACCUAACACAACAGUUUCAUUUUUGCAUACUCCAUUUCAGUCAUACAUACAUAUAUUUCAUAAUUCGUAGUACAUUUUAAAUAUGAAAUCAUAAUUUGUAAUUUCAGUAAGAAUGUAUAACAGCAUUUUAUCUCAUAACUCACUUUUUUUUUUUUUAAUGGUUGCCUAACAUUCUUCUGAUUAGGGAUAAUAUCAUUUAGCUAUUCCCUAGCUUUUGGACAUGACAUAAUCAUAGUGAUACUGCUGUUAUGGAAUUCUUAUAUGCAUACAUAUUUUUCCAUUUUAAAAAAACAUUAGCCUCAGGAUAAAUUCAUUGAGAGUAAUAUGUCAUGAAAAAGUACCCAAACAUAUCCUAUACUUGCCUAUUCCUUCUUUAGUGUUUUUCCCUAUGCAUAGACAAUUGUUCCUUGUCCUUGGUGCUCUCUUUUUUUUCAUUCUCUUUAACUUUUUACUGUAGAAAAUUUUGAAGGAGAAUAGAAUAAUGAGUGCCAUGUGCCUAUCCUUCAGCUUCAGCAAUGACCAACUUAUGACCUAUCUUGUUUGUCUCUCUCCCCACCAAUGUUUUUGCUGGAGUUAAGCACAUCCCAGAUGUAUCUUUUCAUCUAUAAAUAUGUCGGCAGUUACAUGUGACAAAAUUAACAAUAAUUCAUUAACAUUAUCUAACAUCCAGUCCAUGUUAAAAUUUCUUUGAUACUGUCCAAAAAUGUGUGUAUGUGUGUAUAGCUGGUUUGUUCAAAUUAGGACCCCUGCAAGGUUCACAUGUUUCAUUUGGUUGAUAUAAAAACAUGUUUACAUGUUAAAAGUAAAAUUGUUUCAUCCAUUCUUUGAUAAAUAUGUUUCCAUCCUUGCAUGAACUUGUAAGAUUUUUUUUUUGUAAGAUAUUUUUAAAGGUUGCAUAGUCCGCUGAAGUGGGUAUUUUAACCGUACCUCUAUUAUGCUCUUCAAGUUGUUUCUAAUUUUUCACCAUCACAAAUAAUGUUGUGAAUAUAUUUGUGAGUAAAGGCAGUUUCAUAUUUAGGAUGUUUUCUUACACUAGGUACUUGAAAAUGGAAUUACUUGGUCAGAAUAGAGAGUUAACAAUUCAGUAAGCAUUCAUUGUGAGUGGAUACAAAAGUAAUAAGGUGAGUUUUUUUACAUCAAUGAGUAUAUACAAAAUUAAAUAUUUUAAAGGCUUCCCAUACACCUCCUAGUGCUUCCCAAAAGGCUUGUAUCAAUUCUUAAUGUUAGCUAAAAUAUUUGAGGGUGCUGAUUUUACUACAGCCUUGCCAGAACUGAUUGUUUACACUUAUUAAUGUAAUAAGCCAAAUAUUAAACUUAGCACAGUAUCUGCUACAUAAGCUCUCAGAAAAUGGUAGCUAGUAUAAUUUUCAUUAUUAUUAUCAUUACUAUCACCUAGUUUUUCUUCUAAUUCUUUUAAGACAUCAUUUUAAUAUUUAACUAUUUAAUCCAUCUUAAUGUAUUUUAAUGACCAUCUAUUUAAGUUUAUUUUAAUGUGCUGUAUGAAGUAGGGGUCUCACUUUAGUUUAUAUUUUCCAAAGAGUCAUUAUUUAAUGCCACUUCUUGUACAGAAAGCAAAAGUUUGGUUAGUUGUUUAGAGCAUGGACUGUGGGCCAGACUGCCUGUGUUUGAAUCCUGGCUCUAACUACUCAAUUGCAAUACGAACACACGGGUCUGCCGCUAGGCUUUUUAUUUACUUCCAUUGAUCUAGUUACCAUUAGUACCACACUACUUUAAUGAUUAUAGCUUUAUAAUACAUUUUUAUAUCUGGCAGUAUAAUCUCCUGCUUACUGAUUAUGUUUUAUUGGCUGUUCUUCCAUCUUGUUUCUCUGAGAUAAACUUCAGAAUAAUUUUGUUCUAAAAAAAUGCCUCUGUGGUUCUGAUUAGAAUUAUGUUACAUUUAUAAAUUAAUGUAGAGAAAACUGACAUCUUAAUUACUGUUUUCUGACUCAGGUCCUCUUCUCACAUAGGCAGGUCCUCUUUUUUAUGUUCCUCAGUAAACUUUUGACGUUUUCUUCAUGUAGUUUCUUGUUAGGUUUAAUCCUAAAUAUUUUAUAUUUUCACUGUCCAUGUGUCUAGGAUAAUUUAUUCCUUUACAUAUUCUAAGUAGUUAUUGCUGGUGUUUAUAAAAACUACUUAUUUUUAUAAAUUUAUUUUGAAAUCUGCUACCUUUCAGAACUGUGGUUCCAACAGGCAUUCAGUUGAUUCUUGAAUUUUUAAGGUAGAUAAUUAUUUCAUCUUAGUUUUUAUGAAUUUUUGAUGUUGAGAAGAUUUUAGCUUUGACAAAAUAUGUUGAUUUAUUUUCUUUCUUAUUCUGAUUGCUUCCAAGCAUAGACAAUGUCCCCUCUCCCAUUCAGAGCAUUCAUAAAUAUUACAUUCUAAUUUCUUCAAGGUUUAUAAUUUUAAUGUGUUAUUUGAAAUUCUUGGAACCAAUUAUAAUUUAUUUUGAUACAUCAUAUGAAAUCAGUGUGUAAACAAACUUUUCCCAAAAAGACUAACAAUACUGAUUAUUGAAUAAUUCUUCGUCUUCCCAUUAAUUUACAAUUCUUUCCUUAUCAUAUAAUAAAGUAUGAGCUAUGCAGUUUGCUCCAUGGAUCUACUGUCCUAAAUGCAAGAAAAAUAGAUUCUGUGAUAUUAUAGAUCUAUGUCAUGUUUCCAUAUGGGGUUGGGCUUGAUUCUCUCAGUACUUUUUUCAGCAACUCCUUUUAGAUUUCCGCCUACUUAUUGUUCCAAUGGGCUUUAGAAUUAUUUUGUUAACUUAAAUUCUAACACAACAUAAAGUUACACUGCAUUAAACAAACUAACAUGAAGAAUUGACACCCUUAUAAUAUUAAUCUUAACAUUCAAGAAUGCAGUGUCUCCCCAUUUAUUUAAAUUUUAUUUUAUAUUUGUUAAUAAUACUUAAUAAUUUUCAUUUAGUAAGUAUCACACAUUUCUGGUUUUUUUCUGUGUACACAUGUGUGUGCACGUGUGCGUGGGUGUGUAUGAUUUGUGAAGAGCGAAUAUUAAAAAUGUAGGAUUUACAUUUAUUCCUUUGUUAGAUUUUAUUGCCUUAGAAAACAGAAGUACUAAGUAUGAAAGAUGUAAAAAGUGCAAGGUUUGUAAAUGUGACAUACCAGGUGAUGGUGAUAUGACACACUCUCCUACACAUUUAUUUUCAGCAAGAUCUCCUUUUAUUUCAGUCUUUUUUAACAGUGUUUCAAGAUGAAAAUGAAGAGGCACAUCUAGAAAGAUAAAGUAAAAAAACAAGUAUUUUCAGUAACUCUACUCUUUAUAGACUGUAAUAUUAAGAUUGCUUUUGUCACUAUGAGUCGGAAUCGACUCGACGGCAACGGGGUUUUUUUCCUAUAAAAAUAGCACAUAAGCUUAGAAAAAUAAGCAAAAGUUUAAAAAGUCACAACUGUCAGACAUAGUAAAAUACUUUUUCAAGCAUGUUGGUAGCAGUAUUUUGGAAACAUCCAAUUAUAUGUACUAGAUAAACAAAAAACUCACAGAUGAACAAUGCCACAGUACAUCAUAUACAAUGAAUAGUAAUUAUAAAUAUUAAGAAAUACUGUUUACAGAUGAGUAGAGUAAAUGUGGCAAAGAUGUUUUUAAAAAAACAUAUAGUCAAACCCAGCAGACUCUAAGUUCAUUCCAUACCUUCCCCAUAAAGAUUGCAUUUGAAAUAAUGAGGUUUCCAAAAGAUGUGAUUACACAGUUUUAAUUACUUGGGGGAAAACACUAUAAUUCAGAUGCAAGCGUUCAUGAAAACAUCAAGUUUCACAUUCCCUUUGUUUGCUAGUGUUAUGAUCACAAAUGUAUCUACUUUUACAAAGAUAAAACACCUAAUGACAAACUAACUGUUCUUUACAUAGAGACUUAGAGAUGCUGUAGUAUAAGGCUAAAAUUAAUAUUAUGUGCUGCCUUGACAUCUAAAACCAGGAGGGGCUCCAAUGGCUUAACUGCAAGUCCCCCUAUCCUACUCCUGUGGAUAAGGUCCCUAGUCAAAUAACCCUCCUUAUCAUGGGGACGGAAACUCUGGUGGCACAGUGGUUAAGUGCUACAGUUGCUCACCAAAAGGUUGGCAGUUGGAAUCCACCAGGCGCUCCUUGAAAACCCUAUGGGGCAGUUCUACUCUGUCCUAUAGAGUCGCUAUGAAUUGAAAUCGACUCAACGGCAAUGGCUUUGGUUUUUGGUAUCAUGCAGACAGGGACAGUACCUGUUUAUUUCUGAGUAAUGGACUUCAGUUCUUUGCCAGCCUGCAGAAUUAUUCAAAUAAGCCACUCAUAUCCAUCCUCCUGCAAGAACAAGGGGUCACUCCACCCUCUUGUUACUAUAACACCUGCCUCCUACAUUCCCUACUUGUUUACUCUGUUGCUGAGUGUAAUCCUUAUGUGGCCCUGCAUGGCAUGCGGUGUCCUACUCUCCUGGGCUAUGAGUAUUUGUGACUGAUAAACUGCUGUUCAUCUCAUCUGCCUGUGUUUGAUGUUAUGUGAGAUCGGCCAUCUCUAUAACCCUAGGACAAGAAUCCCUCCUUCACUACUGAAAUGAAGAGGACGGAAAUAAAACAGGCGUUCAGUUUACUGUGCUUAUAUUCUAUAUUCUCACAACCAUACAGGAGCUAAAUAAUAAAGUAGAUGUGCUUCAGAUUUGUUAGUUAAAGGUUGAUAUGUUUUAAUGGCAGGAAACCCUAGCGGUGCAGUGGUUAAGAGCUACGGCGGCUAACCAAAGGAUCGGCAGUUCGAAUCCACCAGGCACUCCUUGAAAACCCUAUGGGGCAGUUCUGCUCUGUCCUACAGAGUCGCUAUGAAUUGAAAUCGACUCAACGGCAAUGGACGACAGAUACCCAUGUAUAGCUAUGCAAAGAUAAUGAGUUUGUGAGUAUCACCAGAGGGUUUGUCCCAAGGGAAAGAGAUGGGGUGGAUUUGAAUCCUAGCACUAGAAUAUGAUCAUAUGAAAAAAUGAAAAUGAGAAUAUAAAUUUUCUCCCUUAAAAUGCUGCUUAAACAUUUUACAGUCCUUUUGUUUUCCAAUUACCUAAACAUAAGUUUGUUUCUCCAAAGAAAUAUCGUUGGCUGUUAUAAUAUCACCUAUUCUACCACUGUUCUUCAUGAGUUGUGGGAAAAUGUGAUGCAACUACGGAUGCAACUUGUUCUACCCAUAUGCCUUCUUUAGUACCCACAGUGACCUAAGGACUUUCAUCAAAAUAUUUCAUGACACUCUAUUGCACUUACUAGUUUACAUCUCAGUUGUCUUAAGCAAAAUGCAAGUACCUUGAAGGCUUUAUUUGUAUUUAUGCUCCUAACACCUAGUAUCUUGUUGCUGUUGUGUGCCAUUAAAUUGAUUCCGACUCACAGCAAACCUACGUGACAGAGGAGACCUGCCCCAUAGCGUUUCCUAAGCUGUAAUCUACAGAAGCAGAUUGCCAGGUCUUUUUUCCCGCAGAGUGGUUGGUGAAUUUGAACCACCAACCUUUCAGUGAGCAGCCGAGCACUUAACCAUUGUACCACCAAGGUUUCUCUCAUACCUAGAAUAGUGCCAAGUAUAUUAUUGAGAUCUUUAUUAAAUCUUUAUUGAAUGCAAGGAGUGGAUAACUCUAAUUCGUAGGUAAAGAAGCUAAUUUUAUUUAUUAGAGGGGACAUAAGAGACUUAGGAUGCAAGACAUUUAUACAAGGUCUCAGGGUUUACUAAUAAGAAAACAGAAACAGAGGAAAGAGUAAUGGUUAGAAGUAUGGCUCUAGAGACUGAUUACGUCAGUUCAAAUCCUGGCUACAUCAUUUACUAGCUGUGUAAUCCUGGACAAAUAACACCUCUAAGUUCCAAUUUUCUCAUGGAAGAUGAAGAUGGCAACAGUAGCUAUCUCAUGGGGUUGUGUGAGAAUUAAACAAGGUAGUGUAAUGUGCUUAGUAUAUAUAGGGCUCCAUAUAUGCUAAGAUAAAAUUUUGGCUGCAUUAUUGCUAUUGAUUAUUGUUUCUCAUUGUUAAGGUUUCUUCAAAGAUGGAAUAAAAUAGUUCCUGCCAGCAGUUUAUUUCAAAGUAUGGUGUAGCUAAGAAACUACACUAAUACUGGUAAAAACUAAACUAAGAUUCAAGGCAGGUGCAUAAGUUAAAAAAAAAAAAAUAGUGCUUUACAAAAAGCAGUCACUUGAUUUUAAGAA